GCUUUAAGGCUGGUCAAUUCUGCAAGAAAGAAAGAAGACAUCGAGGAGACUGUCUCAGGUCUCUCAGGACUCCCUGCCCUUAUCUGUUGGUCUUAAUACCACCUGAACAUAGAAAAGUGGAGAGAAUCGCACCACAUCGAGGAAGAUCAGCUGCAGUGGCUGCUUGGUGGUGCUGGGGUUGCUGCUGACCAGUGCAAUCAUCAGGUCUACACCCACCUAGGACCUGUCCAUCCUCCUCUGGCUCGGUUUCGCCUCUUCUGCACUGUGUCUGUGUUAUUGACUGAGACUGCUUGGGUAGGAGCCUCCUUGAGUGCUGGAUUGACACUCGGGUCUAAUUCUUUUCAAUCUCAUAGCCUCACGUACCAAAGAGUGUUGUGAAGAUCAAUCCUGUAACAUAGCUGUAGUGAAGGUUUACUGUUGUUAAUUGGUAUACCUCGGGGCAUUAUAUAACAUAUACAAUGACUAGGGCAGAGAUGGAGCCUGGUGCCCAGGCAAAGGCUGAAAAUAAGCCUGGGGAUGAGAAUGCCAAUACCAAUGUUGCUGAGGUAGAGAAUGAAGCCCCAUUGGUGGUCAGACCCAAGGUUAGGACACAGAUAAUGACUGGAGCAAGGCCCAAAGUGAAGCCUAGAGCUCCUCCUGGAGCAAGACCUAAGAUUGAAGCCAGUUCACCAGGUGGGGCAUAUCCUAAGUAUAAGCCCAAGUCAAUCCCUAUUUCACGAUCGAGAAAUGAUUCCCAGGUCUGGGCCCCAAAUAAGUUUCGGGCAGAUCCCAUGUCAAAGAUGGGCAAGCAGUGUCACAUGAGUACUGCAAACUCUCCACUGGUCAGUACUGAUUCUGGGGUGAUUGCUCAAGCUAAGUGCCUAUCUGUUGAUAGAGAACUUGGUAAUAUGGACACUGAGAGUUAUCCCAGAAGGGCUAAUUCUCAAGCAGGAUUCCAGCCUUCCUUUGGCCCAGAGGAGGGAACCAGUAUGGGGACCUGGUACCGUUCCAGGCCUACCCCCAAAGGAGAGGCUUAUGAGAAUUCUGAAUUCAGAUGGGCAGAUAAGCCCUCAGGAAAUUCCUCCUUCUGGAAUAGAGAUGAAACCAGUACAAGAUUUCGUCCUAGGAAAAACAUGAAGGCCAAUAAUCCCAGGUUCAGACACAUGGCCAAACAGGAGGCAAAUAACAUGCCUAGGCACAAAAACAAACAAGAGUUCUAUAAUAUUUCUAGUUCUGAUUCUGAGGAUGAGUCUGCUAAGACUCCCUGGUUCUGGGCCAAAGAAAAGACCAAAGUCUGGUCUAGGCCCAAAGAAGAGCCCAAUAAUAAUAGGUCCUGGUUUAGGCCUAAGAAAGAAGUCCAUGUUGAAUCUACUUCUGGGUCUGAAUGUGAAAAUCAUACAAAAUCUUCAUUCUGCUCUGGAGAAGAGGCCAAAUCUAGAACCAAACCCAGAGUUAGGAAAGGGGUCAAUAUGAGGGCCAGACACCAGGCCAAGCGAGAAGCUUACAAUGAUGUCCCAUCUGGGUCUGUAGAUACAAGUAAAAAAGAGUCCUGGUUCUUGCCUGAAGAUAAGGCUAGUGCUUUUGCAAAGUCUAAGAUAAAGAAAGAGCCCAGAACCAGAGCAAUGCCAAAGGAAGAAGUCAAAACCAAGGCCAGAGCAAGUACCAAACAAGAAGCCAGGUCAGAGGAGGAAGUCCUCGUUGGAGCGUGGUUCUGGGAUACCAAGGAAUCCCGGAUGGUAGAUAGGGUAAUCACCAAGCCCAGUCUACAUGUAGAGGAAGAGCCCAUUGUUGGAGAUUGGUUCUGGAGUGAAGAAGAAGCCAGUGUGGACUCUGAGACUUGUUGUGUAUCCAGACCAAGGGCUAAGGAGGAACAAGUUAGUACUUUCUCUUUAGGUUCUGGGAAGAAGACCGGUAUUGAAAAUGGGCCUAAGGCUAACUCUAAGUCUGUAUCAGUAGCUAAUGAGGAUGAGAACAUUAUUGGGUCCUGGUUCUGGGCUGAUGAUGAAGAUGUCAACUUGCAGGCUGAGGAUGAGUCCAUUUUUGGAUCUUGGUUCUGGGGUAUUGGUGAGAACAGCUUGAGAUCUGUUAGAGUCGGUUGUGAGAAGAUGCCAAAGUCUGAGGAAAAAGAAGUUACUGAUUCCUGGUUCUGGGCUGGAGAAGUCAGUACAGAGGCCGAGGUUGAAGACCAGGCCAGGCCAGCAUCUACAAAAGGGACAAUCUUUGUGCCUUGGUUUUGGUCUGAAAAGCAGGCACAUGUGGAUUUAGGAACCGAACCUUGCUCUGACAUCAUGGCAGGAGCUGAGGAAGAGCCCAUAAUUGGGCCCUGGUUCUGGGCUAAAGUAGACAAUAGUGUGGAGGCUGAAGUUAACAGUAAGUCUAGCCUGGAGGAUGAGGAAGAGCCAAUUAUAUCACCUUGGUUUGGUGCCAGAGAACAAGCCAAUAUGAAGUAUGCAGCUGGUGCCAGAUACAAGCCUGUGGCAGAAGCCGAGGAUACUAAUAAAGAAUCUUGCCUCUGGGCAAAGGAACCCAGGUUGUAUCCUACCAAUAGAGAAAGCUCGAAGUCUACUCUGAAAGAGCAGGGGGACACUGUUGAUUCAUGGCUCUGGUCCAAUAAUUAUCCAAGAACAGAGGCCAUUGCAGGGUCCUGGUUAUGGGCUGCAGAAGAAGGAAAUAUAGAUGAUGAGACUGGAGAGGAGAUCAAGCUACCAACUUUAGAAGACAACAUAUUCAGUUCUUGGUUCUGGAAGGAUGAUGAAGAAACUGUUGUAGAGGCUACCAACAUACAGGAAUCCAGGCCAGAAGCUGAAGAGGAAGACAUUAUUGGCUCUUGGUUUUGGGCUGGAGAUGAGGACAAAUUUCAGCCAGCUACUGAGAUUCAUGAAGAGAACAAGACAGCAUCUGAAGAGGAAGAUACAGUUGGAUCCUGGUUCUGGGGCAAGGAAGAGGCCAGUCUAGAGCCAAUGAGAAGGGGCACUUUUGAGUCCACACCUGGAAUUAAGGAGGAGGAAAUUACUGGGUCAUGGUUCUGGAGUGGAGAAGCCAAAAUUGGGGCUGGGUCCCAGACAGUCGAAACUGGGUCAGAAACUGAAGAGGAGGCAAUUUUUGAGUCUUUGAUCUGGGCUGCAAAAAAGAACAAUGUAAGAGCAGGAGUAAACCGUGUGUCCCAGCCAGAGGGUGAGGGCGAAGUGGUUGUUGAGUCCCAGUUCCGGUCUAGUGACAAAGCCACUGAAAAAUCUGAAACUGUGGUUAUCAGUGAGUCCAGUCCAGAAAAUAAGGAAGGGCCAAUUGUUGAGUUUGGGUCAAGAGCAAAAGAUGAGGCAAUUAACAAGACUGGCAGUGAAGAUAACUGUGAAUCUAAUACAGAAGCUGAAAACAUGGUGGGAUCCUGGUUCUGGGAAGGAGAUGAAACUGGCUUUGAGUCAAAUCCUACCCCUGUGUUCAAGGCCACUUGUGAGCCUAAGUCUUCAGCUGAGCAGGAACCUGAUCCUUCCCGCAGACCCCAGAGCUGGGACGAGGUCACUGUUCAGUUCAAGCCUGGUCCAUGGGGAAAGGCUGGCUUCCCAUCCAUAAGCCCUUUCAGGUUUCCCAAAGAAGCAGCAUCUCUGUUUGCUGAAAUGUUUGGGGGAAAACCUAGGCUUGACAACCUUGGUCCAGAAGGAGAGCAGGGAUCUUCAGGUCAACCCGAAUCUGAGUUCCCAUUUCAGUAUGAUCCCUCUUACCGAUCAGUCCAGGAAAUUCGAGAGCAUCUUAAGGCCAGGGACAGUGCGCAGCCUGAGAGCUGGUCCUGUAGCUGCGUACAGUGUGAUCUUAGAAUUAGUUCUGAGGAGUUUGAGGAACUUCUUUUAAUAAUGGACAGAAAUCAAGACCCCUUUAUUCAUGAAAUAUCUAAAAUUGCAAUGGGCAUGAGGAGCGCUUCUCCGUUUACCCGAGAUUUCAUUCGAAACUCGGGUGUCAUCUCACUGAUUGAAGCCUUACUUAACUAUCCGUCCUCCCGAGUUAGGACAACAUUUUUGGAAAAUAUGGUUCGCGUGUCUCCACCUUAUCCAGAUCUGAACAUGAUUCAGACAUACGUGUGUCAGGUUUGUGAGGAUACCUUUGAUUAUGACUUGGAUUCCCCUGAUCAGUUGUCUGGAUUGACAAUGAUUACACAUCUCACUGCUACUUCUGACUAUCAUAAAAUGGUUGCCAAAUAUUUGUCUGGGUUUUUCUACUUACUAAGUUCAGGCAAUACUAAAACAAGGCUUCAUGUUCUGAAAUUGCUACUGAAUUUGUCUGAAAAUCUUGUCAUGACAAAACACCUGCUUACUACCGCAUCAAUGUCAGAAUUUAUGGCCCUCUUUAAUAAGGAGGAUUCAAAUGACAAUGUUCAGAUUGUUCUUGCAAUAUUUGAUAAUAUCAGUAAGAAUAUACAAAAAGAAGCACUAUUUGCUGAGGAUGAUGAUGAUGAUGAUGCAGUGGUGAAUCUUGAGCCACUUAUUUCUGCAUUCCAAGAGAUUGAGAAGAUUGCUAAGCAACUGAAACGCAAUCCUGACAAUCAAAAAUCACCCUGAAGCAGAACAAGAAAAUUAAUAUACUUAACCAUUUGCCUAUGACUGUCCUUGUGUUCCUGAGUCAUAUGCUCCUCAAAUAAUGCUUUGGUUUCCCAGCUGAUUGCGUGUGUCAGUGUACCUCUUUAAUGCUGGUGAUAAUUUGCCCAAUGCUUGUGUAACCUGUAUCGCUUCUCUGAUGCCAAAUGAAUAUGCAACUGAAAACGCAUUGUUGAUGAUACUUGUUUUGUUGAUUGUGAUGUUCAGAAUGUGAGUUGAAAGUGAACUGAGCCACUGUAAAUAAGAUACCCUUCUAAUUGUUCUCAUGUGCAUCUGUUUGAGUCUUGUGCUUCAAUAAAGUUCUGUGUUAAAGUUA